CUGUUGCCAUUGCGCCCGUUCAAACUUCAAAGCAACCCGGGGACCGUCAACUGAUCUGGGGGGAGCGCACCUACCCCAGGAACCAGUCCGCGUUCGUUCGUUCGCCUUCGCCGAUUGCUUUGCUUCUCCCCCAAUUUAGUCGUCUUUUACCAACCCGCCUGAUCUCAUCGCGUCAAUAUAUCCCCACGCCCGUUCCUCCGGUCGGCACGCACGCACCUCUUGAGUCUCGGCUUUGCAUCCCUCUCGUUGCUGGUGGUGGUGAGUUGUGUUGCUGCCAGCGCGAGGGCGGCGAUGGGGGCGGUGGAGGAGCUCGUGGAGAAGGCGGGCGGGUGCGCGGUGAUCGACGGCGGCUUCGCCACGCAGCUGGAGGCGCUCGGCGCCGACAUCAACGACCCGCUCUGGAGCGCCGCCUGCCUCAUCACCAAGCCGCACCUCGUCAAGGAGGUUCAUAUGCAGUAUCUUGAAGCUGGUGCCGACGUCAUCAUUUCAUCAUCCUACCAGGCAACUAUCCCAGGGUUCUUAGCCAGAGGAAUGACCAUUGAGGAAGCAGAAGGUUUACUGCGAACAAGCGUAAAACUUGCCCUGGAAGCACGAGACGAAUUCUGGAAGUCGACUCUGAAGAAGUCCAAGCCUAUUUGCAACCGUGCUCGAGUCGCUGCAUCCGUUGGAAGCUACGGAGCCUAUCUUGCUGAUGGAUCAGAGUACAGUGGGUCAUAUGGAGCUGACAUCACAGCUGAGAAGCUGAAGGACUUCCACCGGCGCCGGCUACAGGUCCUUGCAAGUGCCGGUCCUGACCUCAUUGCAUUUGAGGCCAUUCCUAACAAAAUGGAGGCACAGGUUUUAGUCGAGCUUCUGGAGGAAGAGAACAUCCAGGUCCCUUCUUGGAUCAGCUUCAGCUCCGUGGACGGCAAAAGUCUGUGCUCAGGGGAGAGCUUUGCGGACUGCCUCCAAAUCCUGAACGCGAGCGAGAAGGUCGCCAUUGUAGGAGUAAACUGCACACCACCUCAGUUCAUCGAGGACAUCAUAUCCGAGUUCAAGAAGCAAACAAAGAAGGCAAUUGCCGUGUACCCAAACAGCGGCGAAGUCUGGGACGGGAGAGCGAAGAGGUGGCUGCCAGUGGAGUGCUUCGGCCACAAGAGCUUCGACUUGCUCGCGAAGAGAUGGCAGGAGGCCGGUGCGAGCCUCAUCGGGGGAUGCUGCCGGACAACGCCUUCGACUAUUCGGGCUGUUUCCAAGAUCCUCAAAGGCAGGACGGGACACUGAUUUCUUUCAGAAUUGAGAUGUUACACUAUGCUGUAGCGAGAAUAACAUUCAGAACAUAAAUUCUGCAGUUUAUUUUUUAAAAAAAAGUUUUGGGAUCACCGCAUGAGGGUUUAAAUAUAGUUUUGCAGUGUAAAACGUUUAACAGUUUGUAGUGCUGACGUGCACCACUUGAAUUUGGAAACGGAUGGUUUUUAGUCACAAA